CCCCUAACAGUAACGGCCAGGACAGGCAUCGCGUAAUCGUCUCCGACGGCGAACAUUUCCUGCAGGCCAUGCUCGCGACACCGCUCAACGAGCUUGUAGAAAAUGGCCAGCUCACAAAGAACUCGAUCGUGGUCGCUGACGAAUUCUCGUGUAAUUACGUCGGCGAGAACAAAGGUCGCCUUCUCAUUAUACUCCGCCUCACUCCUCUGGCCAGCCCGAACGAGAAGAUUGGCUCGCCUACGGCCAUACAAGGCGCGGUAGGCAGCAAUGGGAAACCUAUCUCGUCUGCCGGCGGGACGCCGACCCCUGCUUCCGCUCCGAAAGCCGCCCCGAAAGCCGCCCCUCAGCCCGCACCUGCAAUGCACAACAAUGCGAGCAAUCAGCAGCGCCACACCUUCCCUAUCGAAGGUCUCAGUCCUUACCAGAACAACUGGACGAUCCGUGUGAAGGUUACGCAGAAGAGCGAUAUCCGCCAGUACUCGAAUGCGCGGGGAGAUGGCAAGCUCUUCAGCGCCGUUCUCAUGGACGAUACAGGCGAGAUAAAGGCAACCGCUUUCAAUAAUAACGUCGACGAAUUUUAUCCCAAGUUGGAGGAGGGCAAGAUCUACUACAUCUCGAAAGGUCAAGUUAGUCUCGCGAAGAAAAAGUUCAACAACGUCAACAACGAAUACGAGCUUGGCCUUCAACGAGGCACCAUCAUCGAAGAGUGCCGUGACGGACCAGUACUCAACAUCCAUUACAAGUUUAUUCCAUUGGACCAGCUGAUGAAUACUAACCCGGGAGAUACCAUUGACGUGUUGGGUAUUGUGAAGGAGAUGAGCGAUGUCACGCACCUCACCUCUCGUCAAGGCAACGAUUUGACAAAACGUGAAUUAACUAUCGUCGACCGCUCUGGCGCAUCCGUACGUUUAACUCUCUGGGGCAAGCAAGCGGACCGCUACUGCGAGUCAGGGGAGCCUAUCAUCGCUUGGAAGAGCGUGAAAGUCGGCGACUUCGGUGGUCGCAGCUUGUCAAUGCUCAGCUCCAGUAGCAUGGAGAUCAAUCCGGAUAUUCCUGACGCCCAUGUCCUGAGGGGGUGGUAUGACACUGACGGCAAGGUUCAGGAUUUCCAGCCCCAGACGAGCUCUGCUCCACGAGGCAGCGGUGGUGCCUUCAACCGUGACGAGAUUCGCUUGUUGGAUGACGUCCGAAGCGCGAACCUCGGUGGCGGAGAUAAGCCUGACUUCUUCUCUGCUCAUGCGACGAUCAUGCAUAUCAAGUCGGAUAACAUCGCAUACCCAGCGUGUCAGAACCAAGGCUGCAACAAGAAGGUGAUCGAGCAGCACGACGGCUGGCGUUGCGAGAAGUGUGACAAGGUGUUUGAAAGGCCUUCCUACCGCUACAUCAUGGCUAUGGCUGUCGCCGACCACUCCGGUCAGGUGUGGUUCCAAUGCUUCAAUGAAGCUGGUGUUGUCAUUUUCGACAUGACUGCCGAUCAGCUCGUAGAACUCAAGGAUCGCGACGAUGCACAGUAUAAUAAGGUACUCGAAAGCGCCGUUGGCACGACGUACAACUUCACCUGUAGAGCGAAGAUGGAGAGCUUCCAGGAAAAUAACCGUGUUCGCUACGGUGUUCAGAAGAUUCUUCCUCUCGACUACAAGGAAGAAGGCAACUACCUCAUGAAACUUCUGAGCUCGCCUUGGGCACAGUAGAUCCUUCGUUCCUUUCGCUUUUCAGUCCUCUCGCACCGUGGGUUCGCUGUUGUACUGUCAGAUAUACUUUGUAUUUCUAGCCACCUGUCCUAUAAUAUCACUAC